AUGACUGCUUUUUAUUUAGUUGUUGAACAAGUCGAAACUAUUACUGAAGAAGUUGUUGCUUCUUUAGAAGACAAUGAGUUCACUGAACAAAUAAUAGAUGAACUCUCAAAUCUGUAUGAGAACAAAAUACAUUCUCUUGAAAAAUCAAUUAUGACUUUAACAGAUUAUUUAAACUCUCAUGUUGAAGUUGAAAUGAAAAAAGAGCUUUUCAAUAAUUAUUUAGAAUUGAUUCAAAAACAGUUCUUAGAAUUUGUUGAAUCAAUUAAAAUAAAAUAG